AUGGAGGAGGCGCCCAGCCCCGCGCCCGCGCCUGCACUCUGGAACUGGGACUACCUGGACCACUGCUUCGCCCGCCAACGCGUCUGCAUCUCCUUCGGCCUCUGGCUCUGCUCCUCCUCCUGCUGGAUUGCCGCCCACGCGCUGCUUCUCUAUCUGAGAUGUUCAAAGAAGUCUGGGCAGGACCAGUCGGCACUGUGUGCAGCAUGCUGCCUCCUGACCAGCCUGUGUGAUACUGUAGGGGCCAUCCUGGCCAGACAGCUCACCAUCCAGGUUUUCACUGGUGCCUACCUGGCAGCUGCUGACUUAGUGAACUUUAUGUUCAUUCUCUUCCCUGUCUGUGGCUCCCAACUCAAGUCACAUUCAGGCCGGGGCUCCCGGGAAAGGAAGAGGAGACAGAGGCUCAGGGCCUGCAUAAUUGCCCUGGCCCUGCCACUGAGUCUGGCCCCAGGCUGGGCUCUCUGGUCCUCUGUCCCGAAGGCUUCAGGCCCAGUCCAGAGGCCACAGCGGAGGCUUCUGGGAAGCCUGCUGCAGGAAAAUAUCGAAAUCUUCGGCUACCUGCUGGGUGGGAUCGCUACCUUUGGCUCCUGGGUCUCCCGGAUCCCUUCGCUCUCCAGAAUCUGCCAAGGUAAGACGUUUCCCUCCCUCCACCUAUGGAUACGGCUCCUGUCAGUCCUGGCUAGCCUCCUCUAUGCCUCAGCCAUCGUGGCCCACGACCAGCGGCCUGAGUACCUGCUGCAGGCUACACCCUGGUUCCUGAUCUCCCUUGGUCGUGCUGCACUGGACCUGGCUAUCAUUUUCCUUUCCUGUGUGAUGAAGAGCAAGCUGAGGCAGGUCUUAGGACUUGCCACUGAAGCCAGAGAGUGCCCUGACACCGAAGCUCUUCUGACCUGUGCAGAGAAAGAUGAGGAAGAAAGCCAGGAGGUGCAGAGUGAGGACAAGAAUUCAGAUUGGAUGCCUCUCACCACACUACCAAACUGCAAGUCACUCAGGACAAUGGGAGCCAUCAGUCGCUACAUGGAGCUGACCAUUGAACCUGUGCAGCAGGCCAGCUGCAGUGCCACCAGGCUGCCUGGUGAUGGACAGACGAGCACUGGCGACACCUCCCUGCAGGAGCCCCCUUCCUACCCUCCCAUUCAGGUCAUCCGGGCCCGCGUGUCUUCCAGCAGCUCUUCAGAGGUCUCCUCCAUCAACUCUGACCUUGAGCAGAAGUAUUGGGAGGCCCUAAACUCAGAGCAGUGGGAUCCUGAAGAUGUGAACCUUGAAAGGAGCAAAGAAAACAUGGAGAUGCUCAGAUCCCAGGCCCACAGGGGUUCCAUGAGCCAAUGGACUUGA